AUGGCGAACAACCUCAAGCUCGGCUGCGACUGCUUAGGCUCGAUCUUUUACCUGAGCUCUGUGCUCUCUGAUGAUAAAGGAGGCGUGAUCGACAUGCCGAAUGUCGUAUGUAUUCACGAGCAAGAUGCUGGCAUUGGAUGGAAGCACACAAACUAUCGUACCGGUCGAGCGGCGGUUGUUCGAUCGCGCGAGUUGGUGUUGCAGUCGAUCAUCACAGUUUCAAACUACGAGUACAUCCUAGCCUUCAUCUUCAACCAGGCCGGAGAAGUCACUUACGAGAUCCGCGCUACCGGUAUUCUGAGCACGCAGCCCAUCGAUGAGGGUGUCGAGGUUCCGUUCGGUACCGUCGUGCACCCUGGCGUUCUCGCUGUUCACCACCAACAUAUCUUCUCGCUACGCGUCGACCCCAUGAUCGACGGCUACGACAAUAGGCUGGUCUACGAUGAAGCUUUCCCCAUGCCCAGAUCAGACUUCAAUCCACACGGGACUGGAUACUACGUGCAAGAGACAAUCGUCGAGAAGUCGGGCGGAUACGAUACAGCAUACGAGAACAACCGAACGUUCAAGAUCCAAAAUCACAACGUGCGCAAUCCAAUCAACGGCAAGCCAGUUGCAUACAAGAUCCAGGCUCCUGCCUUCCAAAAGAUACUGUCUGAUAAGGACAGCUUCAACUACAAGCGCGCCGAGUUUUCGGACCACAACGUGUACGUGGUCAAACACCGCGAUGGCGAGCUUUAUGCCGGAGGCACGUACACGAACCAGUCGAGAGGUGGAACCGGCGUGCGAUCCUGGGCGGAGAGGAAGGAGAACGUAAUGGACACGGAUCUUGUGCUGUACGUCCAGGCCGGCAUCAACCACGUGCCCAGGAUCGAGGACUUCCCCGUGAUGCCAUGUGAGAUUCUCAAGAUUCACAUGAAGCCAGUCAAUUUCUUCGACAAGAACCCGGCGCUCGAUGUACCGCCGUCUGAGCAGGGCUUCAACAAGAGUAAUCUGCUGAGCGAGCAGCAUCAACAGCCGAGCGUGGAAGCCAGGGUUGGACAGGAUGGGUCAUGCUGCGGACCAAAGCUGUGA